UUUUGAACUCUUCCCUCCAUGAAGCAGCUAGAGCAACUGUCUUUUGAAUGACCCAUAAGCCUAAAAGGGCGGCUAAGAAUGCUGAAACUCUUGCAGAACUGUAAAACUAUCAGGGAAUUGAAGCAAACCCAUCUUCAAAUUCUCAUGCAUGGCCUCCAUGAAAGCGAUUUUGUGUUGCCUAAGCUUAUCACUCUUGCCUCCGAACUCGUUUCCCUUGAUUACGCGGUUCGCAUAUUUCGAAAUUCUCAGUAUCCCAAUGUAAUUUCCUACAAUACUAUGAUUAAAUGCUUUGUUGGAAAGACCCAUCAAGGUGCAUUGCGUGUUUAUGAUCAAAUGAAGGCCUUGGCGAUUUUGCCGAAUAGUUUUACCUUCACUUUUCUUCUGAGGUGUUUUGAAUCGUUUGAAGCUCUAGUAGAUGGUAGAGUGAUUCAUGGUGAUAUUGUGAAGCUAGGAUUUGGUUCAAGUGUUUUUGUUCAGAAUACCCUUUUGGAUUUCUAUGCUAAAUGCAGUGGGAAUUUGGAUUCUGCGUGUCGGGUGUUUGAGGAAAUGCCUGAGAGAGUCGUGGUGUCGUGGAAUUCAAUGAUUUCUGGGUACUUGGCGCAUGGAGAGGUUGAAUUUGCAAUUGGGUUGUUUGAUUUGAUGCCUGAGAGGAGUAUGGUUUCGUGGAAUUCAGUUGUUUCAGGGAUUUCUAAAGCUGGAAAUAUGGAAUUGGCUCGCUCGGUCUUUGAGAGGAUGCCAGAGAGAAAUGAGGUUUCUUGGAAUUCUAUGAUUUCUGGCUAUGUAAGGUUGGGUGAUAUCAAGUCUGCACAGUGUAUUUUUUAUCAGAUGCCAAAGAGAACUGUAGUUUCUUGGACGGCUAUGAUUUCUGGGUACACUAUGAUCGGUGAUCUUGAAUCUGCGAGGAACGUUUUUGAUCAGAUGCCAUUUAAGAAGGUUGUCUCUUGGAAUGCUAUGAUUGCUGGUUAUGUUCAUAACCAUGAGUUUGAUCGAGCUCUUUAUGUGUUUCAUCAUAUGUUAAUAGAUGGCAAGUGCAGGCCUGAUCAGACAACUUUGCUCAGUGUACUUUCUGCGUGUUCUCACAUGGGGUCUCUUGAACAUGGGAAAUGGAUUGAUUCUUAUACCAAGAGAAACAAUUUCUACUUGUCUAUUCCUUUAGGCAAUGCUUUGAUAGACAUGUUUGCAAAAUGUGGAGAUAUAGAAAAUGCAAAAGCAGUUUUUGAUAAGAUGGCUAAAACAUGCACAAACAGAUUGAGUUUGUUCAAUGUCUUUCUGAUGCCGUUUCCCUUUAGUAACUAGAGGGUAACCUAUCAGCUCAGACCAAAGGGGUAUAUAAAAACUGUGGGUAGUAAGUAUUUCUUUGCAUGCAAACCAAAUUUUGCUGAAAAUUAGGAUUUG